AUGAAACGAUUAAGAAAAGGUCAACAUCCAUUAGGAACAAGUAGUAGUGUUCAACAAAAAGACGAUUCCGAUGAUGAAUAUGGUGGAGUUUUUGCAAGAAAUAACCAUGCCCAACAAACAAAGAAAUUAAUUCCAUCCUCUGUAAUUCAACAACAGCAAAAUCAAAACAAACAAAUAGUGGCCAAUGAUGGAAAAUAUUCAAAAACGUUGCCUUCAUCAUCCUCAGCAGCGAUGAAUCGUGAUGAUCAUUCAAUGAAUCAUGUAAAAUCAGUAUCAUCAACACAACAAAAACUUGUGGUAUCAAAAAAGUAUGACAGUACAUCAUCGGAUGAUUCAUCAGAAAAUGAUGACAGUGAUAUUGAAGAUCGUAGAGCAAGACUUCGAGCUCGGCUCCUACAAAAGCAAAAGGAAGAGGAAAAUAUUAGCAACAAAAACCAAACAUUAAAUACUUUGGACGCCAUGUUGUUGGCUGGAGCGCCAGGCACCAAAAUUGAAAAACAAACUGAACCUGUAGGAAAAUUUAUUCGGCCAUCACAACGUGAAAGUAGUGAUGACGAUGAGGAUUUAGAUUCUAUUGUAAGAGGGAAACAAGUGAAACCCAAUGAAUUAUCUAAAAUUGAACCUAAAAAAGAGAUGGCAGAAGCAGAUCGAUCAUUGUCUGCAGUCAAACAUGAAAAAAUUGAAACCUCUCCUCCAACAAUCAAUCGAUCAAGCACAUUAGCCUCUCCAGUGAAGAGAGAGCCAAGCAGUGACGAAGAAAGCUCUAGCAGCGAAGAGGAAGAUAUAAGGCCGGUCUUUAUUUCUAAAAGUCAGCGAAGCACUAUCAAAACUGAAGAGCAAUUGGAAGAGGAAGAAAAUAGACGUUUAGAACUUGAAAGAAAGAGACAAGAACAAAAACGCGAAACAAGUGAAAAAAUGUUAGAAAAAGUUUUACAGGAUGAGGAACUAAGCAAACGAAAAAUUGUCAAAGCUGACGAAGAAUUACUCAGCAUUGAUGAUUCUGACACUCUAGAUCCAGAAUCAGAAUUAAUGGCAUGGAUUGACAGAGAAUUCAAACGAAUGAGUAUUAUGAAAGCUCGGCAAGAAGAGGAACAGCAAGAAUAUCAAAGAAAGGAAAAAUCCUCACUUCUCGAAGAGGAAGAAGAGCGUGAAACACAACAAACCAAAAUUGAUUCUGAAGAAAAGAAAGCGAAGAAGAUGCGAUUUGGUCAGAGGUAUUUCCAUAAGGGCGCCUUUUUUAUGGACAAUGAAGAGAUUGCUCAAAAAGCUGAAGCUGUUUACAUGGAACCUGUAGAAAGAGAUAUGGUUGAUUAUGAAUCCAUGCCAAAGUUUUAUCAGCGCAAAAAUCCUGGAAAAGCACGCCAAUCCAAGUAUACUCAUCUCAAAGAUCAAGACACAACAGAUUGGUCCUCUCCAUGGUACCAGAAAGAUCAAAAGUCAAAAAAGUAA